AGAAUUGAAAGCCACAACCCACGUCUGAAGCCAUUCUCCGAAACAACAUACGAUAUGGCUCCUAAACUUUCCCAACUUUUAUCAGCAAUCCUCGUUAUAAUCUUUUCUAUCCAGUCCUUCAGAGGUCAGGCAAGAACUUUGAAACCCGAGCAUCGGCAAUCUUUUAGCAGCUUCCUUGAAGGGCUGGAGGGGAUUCAGAAGGGCCAAACUGUGGAAGGGCUUAUUGAGCUCAAACAAUACCUCAAAAAGUUUGGGUACUACCCAAGUGAUAUCACUCUCACAAGCAGUGAUUUUGAUGACCACUUGGAGCUAGCACUCAAAACAUACCAGAAAUAUUUUCAUCUGAAUGUUACUGGUAACCUUGACUCUAGUACCAUACAGAAAAUGAUGAUUCCACGAUGUGGAAUGCCUGAUAUCAUCAACACAAAACCGAACAGCACUAAAUCAAAACACAAGAAGGUCCACAUGGUUGCUCAUUAUGAUUUCGGGGCACAAAAGUGGCCACCUUCCAAGUAUGCUCUGACCUACAGAUUUGGCUCGGGUGUCCAAGUUGUUGGUUCGGACACCAUGAGGUCGGUCUGCUCAAACGCUUUCAAAACAUGGGAAAAGGUUUCUCCAUUCACUUUCCAGGAGGCGACUGACGGUGCAUCAGCAGAUAUUGUAAUUGCGUUCUACAGCGGCGAUCAUGGGGACCAGGCUCCUUUUGAUGGACCAGGGAAUAUACUGGCUCAUGCUUUUUAUCCACAAGACGGCCGCCUCCAUUACGAUGCAGAGGAGAACUGGAGCACUGACCCCGCAAUGGAUCAAAUUGACCUGGAAACCGUUACUGUUCAUGAAAUAGGACAUCUGCUUGGCCUUUAUCAUAGUAAAGAUCAUCCCGAAGCCAUCAUGUAUCCAACGACAGAACGUGGAAACAAGAAAAGAGAUCUCUCCCAGGAUGAUAUUGAUGGGAUAUAUGCUCUCUAUUCCAAUUAAUUAAUUAAACUAUAUGCAGUAUAAGUUAGGGAAUUGCUAGAAAAUAUUCAUGGCAGUUGAAAGCUGGCCUCAUCUCAUACUCUAAGAGUGUGUUUAUUUUUGUAAUAACUGUUAUGGUUGUGGUUUGAACAAAGUAAUUUAAAAAAAUUCAUUUUUGCUGUGGUUGGUUCAUAUAA